AUGCCUUACCUCCUGGGCAGCAUUUGCACUAUCAUCGGGGUCUUUUACAAGUAUGCAAAGCGUCAUGGCGACUGCUCCACCCUGAACAGGAGGGAGAUGAAGCGGCUCAUCUUGAAGGAGUUUGGUGAGGUCAUCAAGAACCCUUCUGAUCCUGAGACAGUUGAGAUGACCUUCCAGCUGCUGGACAUCAAUGGGGACGGCUUGGUGGACUUCAACGAGUACCUGCUGCUCAUCUUCAGAGUGGCCAAGGCCUGCUACAGCCACCUGCAGCCCAGAGAAUGCCUCCUUCAGCAGGGAGAAGCCCGUAGAGCCUUACGUGAAAGGGAAACUCGAGGAGAAGGACGAGACGACCACCAUCUAAGGGAGGAUGAAAGGGAAGGAAGCUAUGAUCGCGAGAGGCGGGACUCUGACCGCCCACGACUUCGUCAGCUGGAAGCUGCAACUAGAGACGAGGGGAGAAGAGAUUCCUUUCCACGGGAGGCUGUUGCCCGAGGAGUUGAGAGGAGCCGUCAUGCUCGUGAUCUGGAGUUGAGGGAUGAUCGUGGAAGGGACCGUCCAUCCCGUGAGCCUCAGGAUUCAGAAAAUGAGCAUGAGGACUGGCCACGUAAGUCCGAAGAGCAGGCAGAUGUGGGGACUCGUCAGCAGCCUCUUGGAGAUGAGCCACGUAGGAGUGACGCUGGCCGUCGUCAACUAAGACAUAGAGAACCAGAGAUGGAAGAGGACCAUCAGCGCCAAUCGCAGGAGCGUGUCCAGAGAGAAGAUGGUGAAAGACGUCCUCUGCUACGUGAUCCUCGGCUACGGGAAGGGGGCGAAAGUGAGCGAUAUUCCCAAGACGCCACACAAAGAGACGAAGAUGAGAGGCGACAUCAAGCACGAGAGACUGAGCGUCAACUGGAGGAGGAAGAGGACCUGAGAAGGCCACAUGUGUCUGGACCACGGAUAGAUGAAGAAAGCCACAACCGUCGACGUGCAGUACAGGAAAUCAGAUCUGAUUAUGGAAGAUCUCGCCCAUCCCGUGAACCCCGCGAACGGGAAGAUGGAAGGAGGGAGGAUUACGUACGUGAAGCUGAGCGGAGGUCUAGCAGACGUGACCAGCGUGUAUCUGAUGCGCGCAGGGAUCAAAGAUCUGACCGUGAACCAGUAGAUUGUGAUGAUGAACGCCACUCAUUUCCUAGAGAGGGCGAGAGGAGAUCUAGGUCCCGUGAUGCAGAACAAGAGCAGAGAAGGUCUCAGAUGCCUGAGGAAGAAUAUAGAGAGAGACCCAGGUCUAGUGAUCCUGACUACAGAGUGGAUGAGCAGAGAAGACAGCGUCAAUACACAGCCCAGUCUAGAGAAGCUGAGCUCCAUGAGCCUGAUGUAAGAGAAUCUGAACGGAGGAGGCGCCAGCCUGUGGAUCAAGACGAGUGGAACAGACCUUAUCCACGGGAGUCAACCACCAGAGCAGAGCUGGAAGACCAGCGAGGGUCUCAUGAUCCAGAACGCAGAGAGCGUCAGUGGAGUGGUCUCCAUCCCUACGAACGUAAACCUACAGACGGUGAGAGGAGAAGGCCCCAAUCUCGUGAGUCAGAGCUCAGAGAGGGUGACCGGAGAAGGUCCCAAAGACGUGCACAAAUUCCAGAAGAUGGCAGGAGACGGGAGCAGUGCCAUCAGGAUGAGGCCCAAGAGGAGGAGAAUCUGAGGAGGAGGAGACCCCUGUCUGGUGACCUUGAACCUCGUGACUAUGAAUCCUGCAGGCCCCAAAGACGUGAGCGAGAACCAAGAGGUGAUGGUCAGAGGCGGCAGCAGUAUUAUGACCCUGAGCCUUUGGACAGAGAUGUUGAGAGGAGGAUGCCUGAAGCCCCAGAAUCUGCUCGACGAGAGGGUAGACGAGGAAGGCAGCAGUAUUCUGACCCUGAUACCCAAGAAAGAGGGAGCAGGAGAAGGCCACAGUCACGUUAUUCUGAGUCCCGGGAAGAUGAGAGAAGGAGACCUGAGGAGGCUGACUUCAGUGAUGAUGAGAGGGAGAGGCCCCAGGCAAGAGAGUCCCUUUCUAGACCAAGAGAAGACGACAGGUGUUAUCCAUCAGUAGGCAGCCGUAGGGAGUGCGAUCGGGGCAGGCGACAGGAAUACAGUGGCCAGAGGCGCACUGUUGACCAAAGUGAUGAUGAACAGGAGAGGCGGGCCCCAUUGCGUGACACUGAUGCUGCAGAUGAUGAGCAACGGCAAUCCCAGUCACGUGAUAUUGAUACAAGAGACAAUCAGCAGCAGAGAAGAACCCAGUCUCGUGACACUAAUGGCCAGAGGCGCAGCCAGAGGCGCACUGUUGACCAAAGUGACAAUGAACAGGAGAGGCGGGUCCCAUUGAGAGACAUUGAUGCUGAAGAUGCUGAACAAAGGCGACCCCAGUCACGUGAUACUGAGCCAAGAGACAGUGAGCAGUGGAGGAGGACCCAGUCACGUGACACUGAUGGCCAGAGGCGAAGCCAGAGGUGCACUGUUGACCAAAGUCGUGAUGAACAGGAGAGGCGGGCCCCAUUGCGUGACACUGAUGCUGAAGAUGCUGAGCAAAGGCGAUCCCAGUCAUGUGAUAUUGAGCCAAGAAACAGUGAGCAGCGGAGGAGGACCCAGUCACGUGACACUGAUGGCCAGAGGCGCAAUGUUGACCAAAGUUAUGAUGAACAGGAGAGGCGGGCCCCAUUGAGAGACAUUGAUGCUGAAGAUGCUGAGCAAAGGCGAUCCCAGUCACGUGAUACUGAGCCAAGAGACAGUGAGCAGCGGAGAAGAACCCAGUCACGUGACACUGAUGGCCAGAGGCGCACUGUUGACCAAAGUCGGGAUGAACAGGAGAGGCAGACCCCAUUGCAUGACAUUGAUGCUGAAGAUGCUGAGCAAAGGCGAUCCCAGUCACGUGAUACUGAGCCAAGAGACAGUGAGCAGCGGAGAAGAACCCAGUCACGUGACACUGAUGGCCAGAGGCGCACUGUUGACCAAAGUCGGGAUGAACAGGAGAGGCAGACCCCAUUGCGUGACAUUGAUGCUGAAGAUGCUGAGCAAAGGCGAUCCCAGUCACGUGAUACUGAGCCAAGAGACAGUGAGCAGCGCAGAAGAACCCAGUCACAUGACACUGAUGCAAGGGACAGUGGUCAGAGGCAAGCGCUGACACGUGAUACUAACCAAAGAGAUAGUGAACAGCAGCGGAGAGCCCUAUCCAGGCACACUGGUGUUAGAGGGAGUAACGAGGAGCAAACCCAGACUCAUGAGGUUGACCCAAGACGUGGCGACCAGCGAACCCAAACCCAGUCACAUGACACUGAACUAAGAGACAGCCAACAGAGGAGAACCCAGUCACACUACAGCGAUGCAACAGAUGGUGAGCAGAGAAAAACCCAAUCAGGGGACCCAAGGUGUGAUGGACAGCAAAGAAGAGCACCAUCACAGGACACUGAUGCUACAGAUGUUGACCGGCGGCAAACCCAGGCCCGUGGCACUGACCCAAGAGAAGGUGAACAGCAAAGGAGACCCCAAUCGCGUGACGCUGAACCAGCAGAUGUUGACCAGAAGCAGACACCGACACGUGAUGCUGACCCCAGAAAUGAUGAGCAGCGGCGUCGAGUCGUGUCACGGGACACUGAACAAAGCGAUGGAGAGCAAAGGCAGACUCAGUUGCACAGUGUGAAUGCCAGGAUUGCUGCCGCAAGGGACGGCAGGCAGCAAAGACAAGCCGAGUCACGUGACACCGAGCAGGGGGCAUCCCGAGAAGAGCCCCGUGAUUCUGAACCCAAGGACAAUGUUCAAAGGAGGCAAGUUGUGCCAGAAACCCAAGUGGCUCAGCCAAGCAGUGCCCGACAAGCUAAGCCUCUAGCGCAAGACGUUGAGGGGAGCAGAGCACCCCCACGUGAGGUUGCACCCAGUGUUGACAUGGCCAGGAGGCCACGACCACGAGAGCAGGAAGCUGCAGAGAGGGUGGUGGGAAGGCAGGGGCCAGCUGAGUCUGGAGAAGCUCAACCAAGACCAAGUGAACGGGAGAGAGCCCAGUCACGUGAGCCUCAGAGGAGCGAUGGGGAGCAGGGCAGAGCUCACCCACGUGGGCCUGAUCCAAGGCAGUCCACAAGAGGCCUGUGUGGCCUGGAAAGGGCUGAGAGAAGCCAGCCACGUCAGCCGGGGGCCCAGGAAGGAGACUCAAGGAGGCAACAGACUCAAGACCCUGGAUCCACUGAUGGCAAGACCUCCCAGCCUCGUGAACCACAGGCCGCAGACCGUCAGCGAGGAAGACCCAACACGGAACCCAGAGCUGAAGGCAAAUCUGAAGGGAGAGAAGGGGUUCAGGAACAACAGUCUAGGGCGGCCGAACAACGGCAAAACCCAGUUCAGGGUGUAUCCUGCAAAGAAGAAAGUGGCUGCCCUGGGUCGAUGGAACGGCAGUCCGAGGAGGGUGACCGAAGCAGCCCACAGGCCCGAGAAGCCCAACCGCCGUUGGAGGAGGUUGGAGAGCCUGGCGCAGAAAGACCACCAGGUGGCGCCGUGAGCAAGACCAACCCUGAAUCCAGCUCCCAGGAGAAGCCGGGUUUUCUGUGUGGCGACAAAGUGCCGCUGGUUUGCAACCCGCUCUAUCAAUAUCUCCUGGCCCAGAAGAAGCAAGAGCAGCCAUAG